UUAAUUAAAAAAAAUCAUUUAAAUAAAUAACAAAAGAAGUAUAAAAAAUAUCAUCAUAGCUACUAUAUAUUUCUUUUUGUAACAUAAACAUCUACAUACUCACUUAUAUAUGUAUACACACACAUUUAUAAAUACGUAACUUUACAUAUACACAUUUAUUUAUAAUAUACCCUCGAAAUACACAAUUUCUACAUAUUUUGUGGAAAAUAUAUAAUAAACAAAUAUUAAAAGAAAAAAAAAAGGAAAAUACCAAGCAACAAAAAGAUUAAUUUUUCAAUAUUUAAAAAUGAGAAAAAAAUUGCGUCAGUAUAAAAUUUUAUGGAUUUUUAUAAUGAUAUAUGGAUGCUAUAGCAGCGCCAGCAGCCAUAUCACCCGUGUUCUAGCCAACCCAUCAUCUUCUUCUUUGAUAUUAUUAAGUCCAAAAUCAUCAUUCUCAACGACUUUGAUAUCUUCAUCGUUAACAUCAUCAUCAUCAUUAUCAUCGGAAACCGAAAAUAAUAAUAAAAAUAAUGAAAAUCAUGGCAACGAUAAAAAAAAUUCUGCUACAGCAGACAUAACAGAACCAGAAAUUUCAAUAGAACCGGUUGCCGAAAUUAUAGAAUUAACAAGAAGUAAUAGCGGUAUAAUUAAUAAUAAGAAUAAUAAUAAUGAUAAUAAAUAUAGUAACAGUUAUAGUAUCGAUAGUAUUAGUAAUAUAAAUAAUAGCAAUAAUAAAAAUAAAAACAAUAAUAAUAAUAAUAAUAAUAGCUAUAAUAAUAAUACUAAUGACGAUAAUAAUUAUAAUAACCACAAUACCACUAACACGAAUAAUAAUAGCAAUAGAAAUAGUAAUAGUAACAAUAAUAGGAAUAAUAAUAACGGGAUUAAUGGGCACGAAAUAGCUGAUCAUGCAAAAUAUACAUCACAAUAUAAUGGAGAGCCAAUUGAAUUAGGGAUUUGUCAAGUGUACAAUGGCACAACAUGCGAAAAAUUUUUAAGUAAUCAUAGUGUUUUUAUUCCACCAAAUUUAACUAUGACUGAAUUGGAAGAGCGCUUAAGGGCUGCAUGGGUGGUCAUAAAAGAAUCAAAAGACAUGAAUCCAAAUUGUCGCAUCUAUGCAUUGCCAAGUCUUUGUUACAGUACACUACCUAUAUGUAGAACACCAGAUCGUACAAAUCAUUUAUAUUUUGCUAAUAGAGCUAAUUAUGAAGACCAAAAGAAACAAUUUACACAAAAACGUCAGAAAAAAAACCGUUUCGAAAAAAACACAUCAAAUAUAAGAAAUGGAGAAAGCAACAAUAAUAACCAGGACAACAACAAUAAAAUACAUGCUAAUCAUUAUAGUACUUCACCAUCAUAUAACAACAAUAACAAUGAUAAUAAUAAUGGUAAUAGUAAUAUAAAAAAAGUUUCUGAAUUUGAACGUAAUAAAAGAUUUUUGGAAAGACUUAAAGAACGCCGUCUAUAUUUAAAAAAGAAACCACCAACUCUUUACGAUGAAAUAUUUUCAAGUGAAAUAUCAAACGAAUAUCCGCCUACACGUAAUUCAGAAAAUUUAAAAAGAAUAUGUCGUGAUGAAUGUGAGCUACUUGAGAACGAAUUAUGUCAAAAAGAGUAUGCGAUUGCUAAACGGCAUCCGACAAUUGGACAAAAGCUACCACUUGAAGAUUGUUAUCGUCUUCCAAAUGAUAUCGAUUGUUCAUCAUUUGGUAUUGCAAUUGACGUUGACCCUGAUGAAAAAUGUUAUUGGGAAAAUGGAAGUGGCUACAGAGGUACUGUAGCUGUAUCGGUAUCAGGAAAACCGUGUCUUAAAUGGUCAUGGUUAAUGAAAGAAAUUGCUGACUAUCCUGAAUUAGCUGGACAAAAUUAUUGCAGAAACCCUGGAAAUCACGAAGAUCGACCUUGGUGCUUUGUUGGUGACAAAUCAUUUGAGAAAUUGAUUGAACAUUGUGAAAUUCCCAAAUGUGCAGAACAAAUGUGGCUUUAUAUUAUAAUAUCACUUGUAGCAUUAAUGGGUUUCAUAUUAACUAUAGUUAUUAUUAUAUGUUAUAAAAAAAGUAAAAAACCUCCAAUGGCAAAUAUACAAAAUAUAAGUCUUCCAAGUGCUGAUAAAAAUAUUUAUGGAAAUUCACAGGUUAAUUCAUCAUUCGAAAUGACGCGAUUAUUUGGUAAUAGCAAUCAUCACCAUAAUAAUCAAAAUAACCCAGUCAACGGGCAGCAAAACACAAAUCGUGGAGCAAAUUCUUUAAGGGUACCACAAUAUACAUUACAGGAUGUUGAAUUCGUUGAAGAAUUAGGUGAAGGUGCUUUUGGAAAGGUUUACAAGGGGCAAUUAACUCAAACGAACAGUGAAAAAAUAUUUGUAGCUGUAAAAGCUUUAAAAGAAAAUGCAUCCUCAAAGACUCAACAAGAUUUUAAAAGAGAAAUUGAAUUAAUAUCAGAUUUGAAGCAUGAUAAUAUUGUUUGUAUAUUGGGUGUUGUAUUGAACAAAGAACCACUUUGUAUGUUAUUUGAGUACAUGUCACACGGCGAUCUACAUGAAUUUUUAAUAGCAAAUUCACCAAAUGAAAAUAAAUCUUUAACACAAUUACAAUUUUUAUAUAUUGCUUUGCAAAUAAGUGAAGGUAUGGAAUAUUUAUCUGGACAUCAUUAUGUUCAUCGUGAUUUAGCAGCUAGAAAUUGUUUAGUAGGCGACAAUUUAACUGUUAAAAUAUCAGAUUUUGGUUUAUCAAGAGAUAUUUAUAGUUCAGAUUAUUAUAGAGUCCAAUCAAAAUCUUUACUUCCUGUAAGAUGGAUGCCAUCUGAAUCAAUUUUAUAUGGAAAAUUUACGACUGAAAGUGAUGUAUGGUCAUUUGGUGUCGUUCUUUGGGAAAUAUACAGUUAUGGAUUACAACCCUAUUAUGGUUAUAGCAAUCAAGAAGUUAUUAAUAUGGUAAGAGCACGUCAACUUUUACCAUGUCCAGAAGCAUGUCCAACAGCUGUUUAUUCAUUAAUGAUAGAAUGUUGGCAUGAGCAAGCUGUACGUCGACCAUCGUUUUCCGAAAUUAGUCAUCGUUUAAAAAUAUGGUAUCAAACACAAAAAAAGCAACAAAGUUCAUCCCAAUUACAUCAAAAUUUUCAUGCGAGCAACUCAACAUUACGAUCAACUAAUUGAAGAUAUUGUAUUUUCUUUUCUCUCCUAUAUUUUUCUUACACAUUUAAACUUUCAAAAUCUGCUUAAACUUAAUUGAAUGAAUUUGAAAAAUAAUUAUUUAAAAAAUCUAUUCAAAUUGAAUUCGAUCUUUUAAAUUUCAGGAGUUGAAUAAAAAAAUUUCAAACAUUUGAUACAACUCACAAAAAUAAAGUUUUAUUAAA